GUUUGAUUGCCGCCACAGCCGUCGACCUUCGUCUCUCGCUCGGCCGUAAUUGUUCCUCCGAUCACUGUCGAAGCUACGACCGACCAAGUUUCACGAUGCACUUUUCACACCCGGUCAAGUCUUCGGUUCACUCCCUGCCAAGCCCAGAUGGCAAUUACAUCGCGACGGUCUUCGCGUCCGUUGUCAAUGUCCGAGCCGUUGCCGGACUAGGCGUGGUCAACGUGGUCAAGCUGGGCCACGACUUCGCGGGUCCCGUCCUGAGCUUCCAGUGGUCGCCCUCAUCUCGCCUUCUGCUUGUUGCCGACGCCGAACGAAUCCGAGUCGUGUCGGCGUUGGACGACAGCUUUAGUGCCACCGUCCGGAAUCAUGCCAUCCCUGGCACGAAGCCGGCAUACAUCGGUUUCGGCGCCUCAGACGCCGAGAUGUGUGUGGUAUCUCCGUUCGGCCUCAAAUUCUGCGUCUUCGACCUUGCCUCAUCCAAGACGACCGAGAUCGGCAAUCCCAAAGUCUUCUCUUCGUCGUCUGCCUCCAACUGUUUCUCCUUUCGACCCGAGACACGUCACCUUGCGCUGCUGACAAGGUCCUCGGGUAGAGACAUGGUGAGCAUACACAGCUACCCGACCAGGGAAUUACAAAGGUCCUGGGCGCCCGACACCGUCGAUGCCCAGGCACUGGCUUGGAGCCCAGACGGACGAUGGCUGGUAAUCUGGGACUCGCCCGCGCAUGGCCACAAGAUCCUGUUCUACACUUCUGACGGGCACAUCUUCAAGUCAUGGACGGGGCCUGCCAAUCCGCCUCCGGAAGACCGAGAUUACGCCCUUGGGGCUGGGGUAAGGUCGAUGGAGUUUUCUGCAGACGCCCGAUACCUUGCCGUCGGCGAUUUCAGCAGGUCCGUCUGCCUGCUCAACAUGGCCUCCGUCACCGAGACAAUGCGGCUCCGUCACCCGAAAACUCUCAUGCCCAAAGAAACCCUCCAAGUCUGGCAAGAGCAGAUUGCCGUCUCGCACGCGGGACCUGUCAUCCACACUUUCCUAAGGACGACGCAGGGCAUCUCUCCAGCGCCAGCCCUGAGGGAUAAUUCAGAGCCAGUGUCUGGCUGCACCUGGAUUUCAUUUGAUCCUUCCUCGACACUCGUCGCCACGCGGCUCGAUGACUCCCCCAGUACCGUCUGGAUCUGGGACGUGCAAGCUGCCGAGCUCCGCGCAGUGCUCUUAUUUCACGGAAAUGUAGCCAGCCUCUCCUGGCACCCACAAAUUCCAGAGACCCUGCAGAUCAGAUGCGAGGGCGAUCAGUACAAUGGCCUGGUCUUCGUCUGGGAUCCUCUUUCGGAAGGGCCCCGUCCCCUCGAUUUUGCUCGGCACUUGCCUGGCGGUAAGGCGGGUGGCAAGCAGCGUGCCUUGUGGCUCGGAUCGAACGAGUCAAGCCCUCCGUCGGUUUUCUUCUCGGACGCCCAUAACUACGUGCUUGCAUCCCUUGGAGAUGCAGACCAGAUCCCGCCUCCGUGGGGCGACCACGAGUUGUCUGGGCAAGGCCCGUUGGCGGGCGGCGGCUCUGACCGUGAAGAGUCGCCCCUCAACCUGGUCCCUGCACCUGACGCGAGACCUGAGGUCCCGGACCUGGGAGGAGAUGGCGACUACAGCGAACUCGAGGAUACGUUCGUCUACAAACGGUAGGCAGUCGUAGUCGUCCAGUCCGCUCAUUGUGCCCGGCUGGCGUUAACGCUCUCUGAACUCCGGGCCAGGGCGACGUCGCCGAACCAGCGGAGC